UUAUGGACAAUUGAUACCAGGUCCUCCUUGCCAAAGAGGUGAUAUUUAGGGUUAUCUCUGUGUUGCAGCUCAAUAUGCAUGAGUUGUGUAGUGUUUUGUGUGUGCCGUGCAUUUUAGUCUGAGAUUUUUGUUAACACAAUGGAUCCUGUGACUAAUUUGGCCAGUUCUAGAGGAAAGGAUUAAACUUAGAUUUCUUAUCAGUGUUUUGAGUCCUAGUAACAAGUUACAUUGAAUUAAUGGUCUGUGUUAUGCAGAUCGGACUAGAUGAGUGUAAUGGUCCAUUCUGUCCUGUACAAAAAUAAAUGAAUCAUACUGUAGUAUGAUUCUAGCUUAACUUCAAAGUGUUCACCAAUGUAUAUGUGCCUUUGAAUGCAAUUGUAUUCCCACAUGAUCAUUUCAACAAAUGAGAAAAGUUAUAAUAAUGUUUUUGAUUAAUGGCCCAGUGGUGCCAAAAGGUCAGUGCAGUAUGGCCAACUCUUGUUAAUUCAUUUCCAGUAUCACAGUAUUUGUCAUUUGCUUUUAAGCCUCAAAUCUAGGAGUUAAGAAAUCUCAAUUUAUUUCUGAAGAGGAGGAAAUUUCUAGCCCUCCCUACUACAGAGGAAAGCUUGAAAAUGGGACUGCUGAUGGCUCAAAAACCAGAAAUCAAAUAGAAAGAACCUAACAUUUUAUUACUUUGUAAAAUCCUGAUUUAAAAGCCAAUUUCAGGCCUUUUUAGGGUUCCAUCCUAAUUUGAUGCAUCUGGGGCCCAUGCCACUAUCUAGUCAGCUAUGGCUCUCAGACUAGAUUUUUUUUUUAAAUACCCUUUUACGGAAUUUACAACCAAUAGGAACACUUCCGUGAAAUCCAACAGGAAGGAGGCCUUUCAGAAAACAAAUGAACAGUCCCCAGGGGUUUCUGUAAUGCAGGCCAGCACCGCUCUGCAAGACCUGAAAGCCCUGGCCAGUACUGCCUCUGUGCUGGGUCUGGCACUGCAACUGAGAAGCAUGUCUGACUUGUUCCUGGUCAGGAUAGACCAAAAUCCAUCACACCUGUGUUAGAGCUGUCCUAAGCUCCUUAGUGCUGCUCUCAAGUGUGCUAUUUGGCGUACACGCACAGCAGUCCUAAGGAAGGUACAUUGCUUUAUUUGGGGGUUUGGAGCUCUGGGUGGUAGAGCCCCUUUCACAGUGAUGGUCCAGACUGCAACCCAAGGGCAGAGGAGACAUACUCAGCUGACUGCUUGUUUUGGACAAUCUAUUUUGAUCGUCCAAACUAAAAGAAAUGCAGAAAAUGAAACAUGCUUCACAAAGAAAGACGGGUCCACUCCAGUGGCUCAGAUGUUCUCUCUCAGAAUGAUUCCAGCUGUUGUUAGUUGUAAAAAUAAGGGCAUGUUUUAUUCUAAUUUGACAUCACUCUUGAGCUAAAACUGUUGCUUUUGGGAAAAUUUAUCUCAGCACAGGAUUAUGUAAACAGUACAGGAGCACAUUAUGUCAGAGAGGCACUGGCCUGCUUGGAGGGUGAAUAUGGGGUCACACUGGCAAGAGCCAAUUGAAACUCCUACCCCCUACAUAGCCUGCCUGGGUCACCACCCCUGGCCUGAGGGGGAGACAGUGACUUCCAUGUGAUUGUUACUUCCCACCAGGUGGAUGAAAAUUGGACCAAAUGAGGGUUCCUGAUGCAGUAGUCAGGGGUCUGAGCUGGCCUAAGGGGUGAAGAAAUCUCUGUUUUGCAAAGGGAGAAGCAGGCAGAUGACUGUGAUGCUGAAUCAAACAACGUUCUUCCCUCUGUUGCUGCUGGGGCCGUGUAGCUAUAUACCACCCCUUACAAAGGACCAGACAUUCAGUCUUGAUGCUGCCCUUUUGUGCCCCAUUGCCUGUUUAUGCCUGUGUAGUAAUGAAAGCGUACGUCUCCAUAGUUAGCCAUGUGAGUGAGCCAACCCAGAUACCAGUACGUCACCACUUCUCUUAUCAAAAUUUAGCAGCCAAUUUCCAUGACUAUUUUUAUCCUUCAUUGUGUGCAAAUGUGCAAGCAUUGUAAUAACACCAGGUAUUUUAAAUGGCACUUGGAAGGCUGCAUAUCUUGCCUUGGUUUUGUUCUUAGGCCCCCUAAUGUUCUUUUCUGAUUGAAAUGUACCUGCUUGCCUCAAAAAAAAAAAAAAAUCACAGCAGAUUUUUAAAAAGUAUUUUUAGAAUUGAAUAGUUGCAUUUGUUGGAGAAAGGUGCUUAGAUAGUGGAUUAGGAAUUUGCAGGAUCAAAGUAACAGUUAAGAUGCCAGGGAACUCAUCCAAAUCACAACAUAGCUGAUAUUCUUGAGGGAAUAUUGGGCUGUUUUGUACAUAGUACUUUUUUCUUCCAAGUAACUUAAAACCUAAAGUAUUGAAAUGAUCACAAAUAAUGGGCUGAAUCUUACAAGGUACUGAGUGCACAUAAGUUAGGGUGAGCCAGAUGCUCAUUUACGCUGUGGCUCCUUUAUACUACGGUAAAGGGGUAAAAGCCCUUAAAAUGUCAGUAAAUAAAAUUUAGGGCCCCUUUUAGUAUAUUAGAGUGGUGGAGUAUAGCCUUAGUAUAACUGUUAAUUUGGUCCAUGUUCUCCGUGUGUUUAGCACUUUUCCAGAGAUCUCUGCCUUCUCUGGCAUCAUGCCCAUAUAGAAGCAUCUGGCAGGAAGGCUAACUUAUUUUGUACAGUUUAAAUAGAGGAGUGCUCUUGGUCAGAAAGAAUAUUUACAAAUGAAAUGGAGGGCCUGUUCCAGCAAAGCCUUUUCUGUGCAAGUAGUCUUGCUGAAGUCAGCAGCACUAUUCCCAUGAGCAAGGGGCUGCAAAACUGGCAUGACAGUUUGGCUCCACAGAAGUCUAUGACAAAGCUCCUGGUGACUAUGAAGGAGGCCUAAGUGAUAAACAUGUGUUGUCUACUGGCUGUAGAUAAAGCACAGCAGUGCAAGCUUCCCCUGUUUUGGACUUACCGGCUGUAGGCAAGGAGUGUGCUUCAGUCUUCCUGUCCAUUCGGUCCUUAGGCUCGGUUCUGAAGCUGCUACUCAGCAUAUCAGUAGUCUGUUAAGGAGGCUAAAAAUGGCAAAUCAUUUCAUAAAAGUCACCAAACAGUCAUCAGGCAGUAGUGAUCUCUAUAUGGGAAGGGUUCUACUGAAGAAUAUUCUCUGCCCUCCCUCCCCAAGGAGGCCUAAAGGGAAGGUGCAUCUUGUACCACAAAGUUGUGUAAUUAAAAAUAACUGAAAUAAUUGUAAUAAAAGUUGACCAAAUCUAACCAAAUUUAUGUUAAUUUUUUUCUAUUAUUUUAUCCCAUUUCGGGGGGGGAGAGGACAGGGUAUCUUGUACACAGACACAUCAUAUACAUAAAAAAUGCAUACCCUUUUCUGAAGAUCUUUUAAUCCUUCAUAAAUUAAUUCAUAAAUUGGAUAUCUUUGUUUAAUUGCUUUAGUUCUAGGCAUGAGUUUUCUACCAUAAGCUCUGAUCCUGCUACUCCUAAAGUCAUUGGAGCUUUGUGAUGGAUUUCAGUGAAAGCAAAAUCAGGCUCUCUGUGGGUGCACCUACAUGUGCAAUUAAAGUGACACAAUAAACUCCACAUGCACCCAAGACAGCAGCAAUUUGAACCAGGGUGGAACAGGCCCCCAGGCUGACCGGGUGCAAUUUAUACCUGUGGUCAGCAUCUACAUGUUUCAGCACAGUAAAUUACUCUGCCAUAAGAUAGUACUGUCUGCAACAGUACUAUCUUAAGGAGGAGUUUACUGCAUCCUAAUACCAGUGCAUGUGUAAACAUUGAUGCUUUACUGCAGAGCUAAUUAGUCUAUUCUCCAGUAAAGGACAUAUGUAAAUACACCCACUGGGCACAUCUAUACAUGCAUUUUAAGGUGAAGCAAUAAAUUCAGGCACACAUUGUGCUCAAGUGUAUUGCUCCUGGGCAUGCCAUUUGAGCGUGUACCCAGGAUUGCAGCAUGUUGAGCCAGGUUGGAGCAGCCCCAGCCAGCAGGGGGCUCAGGGGACCAGCCCAGGCUGCUCCAAACCAGCUCAGCAUGCUGUGGAGGAGGUGGCUGAGGCAUGAGGGUGCUCCACUGCUGGGCUAGCUGGCAAGGCAGCCCCCAAUACUAACACACCUUUGUCCCCCAUCCAGCCAGGUCAGCAUCUACAUGUGUGUUGCUGUGUAUGAAAAAACUCUGCAGCAGGACAGUACUUGUAUUAACAAGUACUAACCUGCUGUGGAAUUUAUUAUUUUCCUGAGGCCUAAUAGGGCCACAUGUAUAAAUGCCAUAUGUUUACUAUGGAGCUAAUUAGGCAAUUCCACAGUAAACAUCUCCUGUAGAUGUACCCUGUGAGUUCUUAAAUAAAUCCCAUAUUUCAAAAUUAAUAUAACAUGUAGGGUAUUUAUUGGGUAAGAAAAGGACAAUCUAGGGAAAAUCAAGGAAGCCUGAUGGCUUGGAAGUCUUCAGCAUUUGGGAAUAUCUGAAGGUGUGUGUGUUAUUUUUUAAAAGUAUAAUUCCUGUCUUUCUAGACAUACAACUAGUAUAGUCAGGAACUUUGCCAGUCUUUCCCUCUGGUGCCUCCAAACUUACUUAGGGUAAAUCCAAAUGUAGGUUAAAACUUUCAAAAAUGACAUUCAGUGGGGGCACAGAAACCUUCAAUUUUGAAAAUGAGGCAUAACUUAGGUACUUCUGAAAUUUUUACCAGCUGUAAGCAUACUCUUUACCUUUCCAACAGUAAUCUACAUAAAUAAAGUAAAAUGUAAACAAGUAGGUUAAGAUUUACUUUGCUGGAUAUAAAUUCUCACUCUGCCAUUUCUGUGUGGCUAACUUAGAGAGAGGUGUCAUGCAUGGCAAAGGCUGAAAACAGAGAAUUUGGGGGUAAGGUGUUAACAGGCAUAGAAAGCUGGAAAGAUCAUUCUGAUCGCCCUGUGCCACUAACCUGGAAGCAAGGGAUCCAGCACAGAAAAGGCUGAGAGGAGGGGGAGCAGAUUAUUAAACAGAAAAUGCAAUUUCAAGGGGAAUAAAAUUAUUAACAAAUUCAGGUUGAAUGUGACAGAUAUUUUCAAUGGAGAAAGAAUCAGAGAAGUCAGAACAUUUCAACAUUGUAUGUUUUGAUUUUUCGUUUCAAAAUGAUAUUUUUAUUUUGAAAACUAGUAACAUUUUAAAAAGGGCAUUUUUCCAAAUAUAUUCAUGUCACUGCAGAUAGCUGAAAUUUUUUUUUUCAAAUCAACCUGAAAUGAAACAUUAUGGUUUGUUUUUUGGGGGGAGCCCCGGGGGGUCUGUUAUUUUUUUAAUAUUUUUUUAUUCCGUUUAGCCACUGAACCAAAAAAUAUCAAUUAUUUGCUUGGGUCUAUUGAGAGCCACUUCACAUACUUGAUACAUUUGAUUGAGGUAUAAAUUUGGGUUAGUUCUAAAUCAACUUUCUUGAUUUCUUUAAAAAAACAUAAAUGUGUGUGUUUAUUGAAGGCUAUUUUUAACUUAAUCUUUAGCUAUACUCCACAAGUCUGUACAUCUGUUAUAGAAAGCCAAGCUCAAUUUUAACAACAAAAUAUCUAAAAGUGGAAAGAAAUUAUCAGACUCUGCUAACAAACAGUAGCCAAUUUUUAUUUUGGUAAAGAAUUUUCUAUUGUCUAGAUGCUUUCUUUAAAUCUCAUCACAUUUCAUUUUGUAUUAUUUAUUAGAUUUAUAUGCUGUCCUUCCAAACAAAGACUCAGGACAGCCUACUGUAGGACCAUGAUGUUUUGAAGAAGACUAUAGAUUUCUAUAGGGGAAAUGCAUAGAAUUUCAUGAAUACACGAAAAAACAAUUAGGUUCAACAAUCUUGUUAGUUCCGUACUGCUGGAUACACAUCAACAGAUGAAUAAGUUAACAUUGGGUUACCUAACCAGGCUUCUGCAGAAUCACACUGUCUAUGCCUGCGAUGGGGAUCACUUGAGUCUGCAGUGUCCUCGACAUUCAACCAUAAGUGUCCAGUCAGCAUUUUAUGGGCAAGAUUACCAAAUGUGUAGUACACAGCAGUCUGAAACCACGAGGAAAGACCCUUUAAGCUGUGUGGCAACUACCACCUUGCAGAAAGUACUGGAUGAAUGCCAAAACCAGAGAGCCUGCCAACUCCUUGUCAAUAGUCGGGUUUUUGGACCUGAUCUAUGUCCAGGAACCACUAAAUACCUCCUUGUCUCCUUUAAAUGCAAACCUACUGAAUAUAAAACCAAAUCUGCAUGUGAAAACCAAGAGCUGAAACUCCACUGUCACGAGUCAAAGUUCAUUAACAUCUAUUCUGCCACAUACGGUAGGCUGGCUCACGAGAAGGACAUCUGCUCUACAGAAGCGGACCGCGCCCCUCCGUUUGUUCAAGAGGCUGCUUCCUACACUAGGUGGUACCAACUACUUCAAAGGAAGAAAUACAGCUUGGAGAUAGGAUGGCUUUCCUUUGAAGCACGGAGUCAGUUUGUCCAUGGCUUGAAAUCAAUGAGAGAUCACUUGCAUACAGCCAGUUCCUCUUUAAUCUGUUCUCCCUCUGGAUUUAAUGAAGUCAGGAUUCACACAGCUGUUCUAGUCUGAGCACACCUGGUUAACUCUUCCUGUAAGCCAAGGGUUUAAAUGUUACUAUAAUAGCAAAAACUUCAUUCUUUCAUUGCUAUAUUAAAUCUUGCAUUAGAAAUCUUGCCAGAUUUAAGAUUAUGUGGGCUCCCAACUGAACAUAUCCCUUCCAUCUCCAGUGACUACAAUUUAAAGGACUGGGUUUCCCCCUCCUUGUCCUCCUGUGCUAGCUGAGGAGCAUAGGCCAGAAAAAGAUAGACUUCCUGCCUCAGCUCAGUUUUCUGUUUUCAUCAGGUAGAAUAGAUAUUUAUUCUCGAGGCUGGUUUGGUUUUAGAAAGGUGGUGAGGGUUAGACAUUUAGUGUUUAAUAGGUCAGAACCACAUGUUGGAUCUUGAGUGCUGGAUUUUGCAGUCGAGUUGCAGUACUCUCUCAGAGGUGUAAAAAGCACAUGUAUGAAGAUAGCCAGGCUGGCCUUUGCUGCAUGCCAACCGGUGCGUUAGACAUAAAUUUGGCAACAAAAAGCAGGCGAGGCUUUUUGGUACAUCACCUCUUUCAUCCAGAGAUGCUGAUUUUGAGAUUUAAAAAAAAAAAAAAAAAGCAGCAGUUGGGUUUUGAAAUUCUUUGUUCCCAUCAAACAUAAAUAUGUCUCGUUUCAUUGUCCCUCCCCAAAUACCUGCUACAGUGCCACAUGUUACCGAUAAGUUGAUGAGCAGUAAAGUUAUUAAAACUGGUGCUAUUUAAAGUAUCCAACUAUGCUUCAGAGUUAACAACUCAUUGAGGUAAACAGAGUAGUUCAGAUUUUGCAAAGCAAUUGUCUUGUGUUGUCUGCAAAUUCCAGCCCAGUCAUUGCUACAAUUAA